CGCUCUCCCUCGAUUCACAUUCCAAUCUUUAGAGAGAAAUGGCGAAAUCAAACAGAUCCAAGGCUUCAGAGCGUGUUAUAGGCAACGGUGAAGUAACUCCAAUUCAAGUCGCGUUCCUCGUCGAUCGAUACCUUUGCGAUAAUCGCUUCUUAAAAACCCGAUCCCUUUUCAGAUCUGAAGCUUCUUCUCUCAUCUCUAACUCUCCUGUUCGUGAAGUUCCGAACAGUUUGUUACCUUUGAAUGAGAUUUUAAACGAAUACAUCCUUCUCAAGAAGGAGAAGAUGAUGAUAGAUCAGGAGAAAUCGAAACUGGAUCAAGAGAAAUCUCAUGUUCAGAAUCUGUUGAAUGGGAUGCAGGAUGUGAUGAAUGCUUAUAACUCCACCGUCGCUACACCUCCUCCUCCUCCUCCUCCUCCGGCGAUUUCGGCGGCAGCUCCGACUGACAACCAAGUCGUUGAUGCUUCGACUUCUAAACAGAACAACAACUUCGGUGUCUCUUCUUCAGGAUGCACUGUGUACAACACAUCUAAUGUAAUAAUGCCAGUAUCAUUACCAGGAAACAAAAGAGUUGGGAGUUUCACUGCACCUUGUUUAAGUCAGUCUACUACCAAAAAGCGAAAGAGUCCUGAGGUUUCUCUUGGAGCUCCUUCUGUUUCUAGGAAAGGGAUGAAAAAGCUCCAACAAGCUGAUAAGGUGGUGGCUAAUUACUUGACGUUUCAAACAUCAUCUGAAAUACAAAUGCCUGUGAACAACGGUGUAGCUAAUAAGUCGUCUGAUCUUAUGCCAAGUGUGGCAAAGUGUUUGUUUAACAAAUCAGACAUGUUGUCUCCUCCGACCAGUUCAGCUUGUCCGAGGACACCGCCAAAGCAAGCAUCUAAUCAAAGUGAUAGGUCUGUCAGUCCCCAGCAAGAAGUUACUCCUACAAACUGCACAAUUGUUACCAAGGAGAGAAUCACAGUCAGUCCUCUCAAACAAAUUGGUUCUUAUACAGUGGAAAGGAGCCAUAUGGUUUCUUCUUUUUCGCCUGUGAAGUCUGAUCUGAAAAUGUCGAGUAAAAGAGAUCAUGUGAAAGGAAGGCUCAACUUCGAUGACACUGAAGCCACAAUGCACUUGGAUGCACCUGCCGCUGCUGAUAUGGUUCCAACUUCCUCAUCUGGCUCUGAAGCAGAAGCUGAUUUGUUUGACAUAGAUUUCUCCAAUAUAGAUCUUCUGAGUGAAGACUUUUCAUUUUCGGAGCUACUAGUUGAUUUCGAUCUUGGUUGUCAAGGAAUGCCUGACCCUUGCCUUCCACAACCAUCUAAUUUCCACAUAGAGAGUGCUUCAGGGUCAUCUCCUGAAUCAAGAAAUACGAAUUUAGAGCCUGACCAGGUUGUAUCAGAGUAUACAUCAACAGUAACAGAAAUGACACAAGGGAAAGACAUGAACACACAAGGAUCUGACUCCAUGACUACUGUGAAGUCCAUAACAAAAUGCUUACGAAUCUUAAGUCCUGCCAAGAAUUGCAGACAGAGAGUCACGAUUGACUGAUUCGAGUGUCCAUGUCCACCUAACCACGCUUAUAUAUAUGUCUUGAGAGCUCCAACUUAGAUCUUUUUCGGAUGUAUUGUGAGAAUGUAGUAGCCCUUUGGUUAGCUCCUAGGUAGUUCUAAAUGUAAGUUAUGUAAACUAUAAUUUAUUUCCUCUAAGUUAGAUUAGUUUUGGUAGCUCAAUACUCUACAUGACGACUAUCUAUAAAAGUAGAAGUAACUUGUUCUUAUUUUACAAUUCAUGUCUCUAUUUGAUUUACCACCAAAACUAUCUGAAUCAA